AUGAGAUACGUGGACGUCUGUUCCUUAUACCCUUACGUAUUAAAACACAGACUUUUUCCCCUAGGCCAUCCUCAGAUCAUUACAGACCAAUUCCAGGACGUGAGAACUUAUUUCGGCCUCAUUCACUGUCGGGUCUUACCACCCCGAGGCCUUUAUCACCCCGUUUUACCUUAUCGCACGGGAGGCAAGUCAUUAUUUCCAUUAUGUCGAACGUGUGCGGAACGACAGGACUCUACUUCUAAACAUCGAUGUCAACACAGAGACCAGGAACGCAGUCUUACAGGUACUUGGGUGACUACAGAAUUACAUAAAGCCCUAGACAUGGGAUAUACCUUAGAGCGGAUUUACGAGGUUUGGCAUUUUCCAGAAAGCAGUAAAGAUUUAUUCAGAUCUUACAUCGAUACCUUCUUAAAGAUCAAACAGGAAGCUUCUGGAUUCCCACCUGAUUGUCAGACGGAGGAACAGAAACUAGAUUACAUUCGUAAGGUAAUAGAAAGAGAAGGCAUUAGAAUGGACCUGUUAAGUAUAGAAAAAAAUCUGGUGCGAAGAACUAUAGCCAAACUCUUUUUAAAUUGCUUGUGGGGAAAAUUCGCUCAACGCCUGUUAUUACCUAAAACUCGAUACUUGACCGAAGAAGACGAAUUACAACAACUCUUACAAGAUUCGACCAUUGACAUCAAAGGGAUAGAACUCUUAGAAAAUAAAGAGCAGCCAGAAUCGGACAUGAUGCUGGUGAAUUAUCAAGAGAAACAGGAAUUUGUAGAAGAGUGUCCCUUCGGAAACGUGGUACUGCCCUGUUUCACUACCGCUCAUGCCCGAUUACACCUCUACGAGACUUUACAACCUUUAGGAAAUCGGGUCCUUUAUUUCGAUACGGACAGUAUCAUAUACCAACAUAAGGAGGGACAAUUUAAUCCUACCCUUGGCAACAGUUUAGGAGAAUGGACCGACGAAUUAGACGGGGACCACAUUAUCAAAUUCAUGUCAGGAGGCCCCAAAAAUUAUGCUUACCUCACCGCCAAGGGAAAUUCCGUGUGUAAAGUCAAAGGAUUGACUCUUAAUUAUCGGGCUUCCAAUAUCGUGUCACCAGAGACAUUAGAAAAAAUGCUCAAGAAAGAAAUUGAUGAAAUCCAAGUCUCUUAUCCUUACAAAAUACAGAGAACCCGUCAACAUGAAGUCAAGACAGUACCUUUAGAAAAACAAUAUAGAAUUGUCUAUGAUAAGAGACAGGUCAUGAAUUAUUAUAAUACUUUACCUUAUGGUUAUUAA